AUGUCAGGUAUAUUUACGGACACUGAGAUGAAUGAGCAAUACCAGGAGGACGAUGACUUUAACCAACAAGAAGAGCUAGUAAGUGACCAAGAUAUGAUGGAUAAACAGAAUGAAUUCGAACAAGAUUUUGGAGAUGAAUUUACUGAGGGAGCGUAUUUUUCUGAAUCUGAUCAGUCAGAAGAUAUCCUUGAAGCUGCUUAUGCGGUUGACUCCAUGCAAGACAUUACAACUUUGAAAUUUAGUGAAAAUUUUGCAGAGAAAAUUGGCAAAUAUCAUUUUUCUACUUUGCAGCUUGCAUUUGAUUUUUAUUUGAAGUACUCAAAGUCGAAGGGCUUUAGUGCAAGGAAGAGCAAGACCUUCAAGAAUAGUAUUGGCGAGAUUUACAAACAAAAAUUUGUAUGUCAUAGACAAGGAUUCAGGGAGGAGAAAUAUUACACGAUGGAAAAAAGAAAGAAGGAGCCUAGAUUGGAAACAAGAACUGGAUGUGAAGCUCGAAUGGAUUGCUAUGCUGCCUGCCCACAGAAAAAUGUAGAGGCAGAUAUUAUGCAAAUGAUGAACAUGCUAAAGUCAGGGAUUAGCACUUCACAGAUAUUUGGUCUUCUAGCUAGUCAAGCAGGCGGGUAUGAAUUUGUUGGCUAUGGUUCCAGAGAUAUGUACAAUGAGAUUGCUCGGCAAAGGCGUCAAAUUCCUGGUGAUGCAGCACGAGUGUUGAAGAAGUUGGAGGCUAUGCGCCAACUAGACUACCGACUCUUCGGGGAUGUUAUUGCUUUUGAUGCUACGUACAAGAAGAACAAGUAUAGUUGUCCAUUAGUCAUAUUCAGCGGGGUUAACCACCACAACCAAACAAUUGUUUUUGCUGCUGCGUUAGUUGUGGACGAAACUACUGAUACAUAUAUUUUGCUCCUGUGUCAGCUCAUGUUUGCAAUGAAGGGCAAGACCCCGACCUCAAUAAUAACUGAUGGGGCCAUGGCGAUUAGGAAUGCAGUAAGAGUUGUAUUUUCCGAAGUCAGACAUAGAUUAUGCGCUUAG